AAAAGGCCGUACUCGUAGAGCAAAGUGGCUUUAGGAAACUGGAGCCAGUCUGUGCGCUCACCAAAAGUCUUUAAGUUCUUUAGCUGUUCUCAUGCUUAAUUCUUCACAUGACUUGGCAUUGACGCUCAUUUUGGAACAAAGCACUUCUUCCCAUUCUUACAACUAACACCACCUUUUAUUACCAUUCUAGCUUCUCAUUUUCUUCAGCUAUGUCUUUCACCCCAGUAAGAUUCAAUGAGCUUUGUGAAGACGGGGAAGAUGAUGUUGCUCCUGAUCUGGAGUCUGUAAAGGCUUUGGCAGCCCGACUAAAGCUGCAGACCCGUCGACCAUCCUACCAUGAAUGGGCGCAAAGAGUACAAGCACGGCCAUGGGCUAAAACCAAGGAAAGCCCCCCUUCCAAAAAAAUGAGGGACACCCCUAAGAACAGCGUGUGUGGAUUCAGCUCUGUGGAAGAAGCCUUGGAAUGGCUUAGGAAAGAAUUGCACGAAAUGCAGGCAGUGGACCACCAAUUAGCUCGCCAACUGAUGCUGCUCAGGUCUCGAAUGUCACAACUGAAAAUAGAGCAAACCUGUGAGAGACAUAAGGAGAUGUUGGAUGAUGCCACAUUUGACCUAGAGGGUUGUGAUGAGGACUCUGACUUGCUCAGCGACAUCCCUCCACGGGCUGCUUUUUCCCUUUCUACUCCCCUCAAGCACAUUGGAGUCACUAAGAUGAACAUUAACUCUCGAAGAUUCUCCCUGUGCUAAGACUGUAGAAGUUAUAUCUUUGGCAACCAGCAAUAUAGCAGCAUCCUCACCAAAUGAAUGCCAGUAGGAAUUAGCCUGCAAAACACAUGCUUUUGAGCUGAGUUCCAUCCCUGGGGGAGGUGGGGACAAUCAUGGAGCCCUUUGGAUCAUCCAACUGCUUUUAAAUCUCUGGUUAUAAGAUCAUUUAGUUCCAUUCUUCAGCGGUAAAUAUAACACUACUAUGUAUAUGUAAUUUGGUGCAUGAUGCAAAGGUCGAAAGGCGUCGGGGCAUCCACACAGCUAACAUUAUGUAAUGUAAUGCUGUAUAUACGGGUGUUUGCAUUGUCCACUAUGGAAUAUGUACUGUUUAACCAGAGCUCAUAUUUUAAUUGCACAUGACAUUGGAUAUUUCUCAAAAUAAAGAAAUGUAUAUCUAUAUUCA